AGAUUAGAAUUCUCUGUUCACCAGUUCAAAGUGCGUGGCAUCACACGAAGUAAAUUAGAAUUAUGCUUUGUUCUGGCUAGGAUCAAAACUUGCUUCAUCAAAUAAUUGGACCACUUGGGCAACCUUCGUGUUCACAUGUGACUGAUUGAUAAUCUUGUUUCCCGAUUAAUGGCAUUGAACGGGGAACCUCACCUUGGGUUUAACCGGUUCCUUGUUUCCCCCUUAGGUUAGUGCUCCAUUUGGUUUAGCAUUUUACUUGAUUCGAGGAUCUAUGUGAAAUUUCAUGAUAUUGCUGCUUCAUUUGAAGAGAAGAUGUCAUUUCUUUUAGAUGCAAGUUAGUUGAGAUCUUACUUUUCCUGGUUGUACUUUUUACUGCUUAUGAGCGAAAUUUUUGUCGUGAAUUCAAAAAUUCUUGCUCGCAUGGUUUUGGAGAAGCUUUAAGCAAAAGAUAGCACUGACAAUUUGCUUUGAAGUCGUGUUUUUGUAGUAUGUUGUCUGGACAUGGAUGCAGCAUCUUGCAUGUGGGACUCAUAAAUAGUUCCCUACUCUUUUCUUCUGCUUGUUGAUUACCUUUUUAUUGCUGAAAUCAGUCAGCCAAAGCAAGAGCCCGGCGAGGUGCUUCUGGCUUGUUUAGCUUGGAGAAGUCUCUGAUGAUUGAUUAGGGCAGGGUAAGUGGUUUUGCAAUCCUUCGCAAGUCCAGUUCUUGCCAUGCCUUUAAGUCUUUUAUAAGCUUCACAUUGCACUCAUUGCAGUUUCUGUUGGUUAUACCGGUGUUGCAGUUGGGAGGACAAAACUUUAAAUGGAAAGCAAUAAGAAACGAACUCCGAAUACCAGUCAAAAUAAGCGCUCGGAAAGAAGCGAUAAGAAAAAUCAAAAACCACGUCAGGAGAAUGGCGUGAAGGGUUUGAAUGCAAAACAAACAGACUCUAAAACUUCAAUUGGUAGAUCGGAUUCUUGUGCUUUAGUAGGCAAUUCCAGAGCAAGUACUGAGCCUGCUGAAGUUUAUGAAGACUUGGUUAUACACUAUGUAGAUGAUGUCAACAGGACUGAGGAUCCAAAUUGUAAUUUACCAAUUCCAGUGUUACCUGACAGACAAAACAAGGAUGAAACCUUGGAUAACCAUUCUAGUGAUCUGGAGAAGGAAUCUUGGGGAAAGGAAGAAGGAUCAGACACUGAUACUGUUAAAGAUUCUGUAUCAUCUCAAGGAGAUUCUGUGACCCCUGAGGAGGACAAGGUAGAAAGAUCUUCAAAGAAAGUCGUCAGAAAAAUUAAUAAGACAAGCAUUACAGAGAGCUCACCUCUUGGAUCAAGAAGGAAAAUUGACCAGGAAAACAAUAAAUCACAGUCCAAGGCCUUGCAGAAUACCAGUGGGAAAUCUACAAAAUGCAGGAUGGAGACUUCUGGAGUUGCUAAUGAAAGUUUAUGUAACGGCGACCCUGGACAUAUAGAGGUUCCUAGUAAACCUUCAUCAGAGUCUUCUGAAGGUGUAGAUGACAAAAGUACUGAAGAGAUGAAGGAACUUGAUAUUUUGGAUGAAGCCUCACAUGGCACUCAAAGUGUUGGAAGUGACAGUGAUGCUUCUGAUGCUGGAGAAAAUGAAUGUAAAGAUCAGGCUGCUUUGGAACAGAAGAUUGGAGAAAUGGAGAUGAGAAUUGAGAAACUCGAAGAGGAAUUGAGAGAAGUUGCUGCCCUUGAAAUCUCACUAUAUUCUGUGGUACCUGAGCAUGGGAGUUCUGCACAUAAAGUCCACACGCCUGCUCGACGUCUUUCUAGACUCUACAUUCAUGCUUGUAAGCAUUGGACUCAAGACAAGCGGGCCACUAUUGCUAAAAACAUUGUUUCAGGGCUUGUCUUGAUUGCAAAGUCCUGCAGUAAUGAUGUCCCAAGGUUAACCUUCUGGUUGUCCAACACCAUUGUGCUGAGGGAAAUUAUUUCUCAAGCAUUUGGCAGUUCACGUAACUCAAGCCCUUUUACAAAGUUCGCUGAGUCAAAUGGGAGUAACAAGAAAAGUGAAGCCAAGUCUAUGACACUGAAAUGGAAGGGCAAUUCCAACUUCAAGCAAACAAAUGGCUGUAUACAGUUUCUAGAGGACUGGCAGGAAACAGGAACCUUCACAGGUGCAUUAGAGAAAGCUGAGAUGUGGAUUUUCUCCCGGAUAGUUGAGUCCAUCUGGUGGCAGGCGUUCACUCCACACAUGCAAACGCCCGUUGAGGAUUCAUUUUCCAACAAAAGCAAGGGGAAGUUGCUGGGACCAGCUUUGGGUGAUCAGCAGCAGGGGAAUUUCUCUAUCAACUUAUGGACAAACGCUUUUCAAGACGCUUUUCAACAAAUUUGUCCUGUCAGAGCGGCAAGACAUGAGUGUGGUUGUUUGCCUGUGUUGGCAAGGAUGGUGAUGGAACAAUGUGUUGCCAGAUUAGAUGUGGCAAUGUUCAAUGCCAUUCUUCGUGAAUCAGCUUUUGAGAUACCUACAGAUCCAGUCUCUGAUCCAAUUGUCGACUCCACGGUACUGCCUAUACCAGCAGGACACUUGAGUUUCGGAUCUGGAGCUCAGCUUAAAAAUUCAGUUGGCAAUUGGUCUAGAUGGCUCAGUGACAUGUUUGGCAUGGAUAACGACAACCCUGCUGAAGAGGAUCAGCAGAGUCACAAGGAGGAACGCCAGCAGGGUGGUAAUAGUGAACUGAAGUCCUUCCUUCUUCUUAAUGAACUGAGUGAACUUCUAAUGCUCCCAAAGGACUUGAUUAUGGAUCGAUCAAUCAGAAAGGAGGUGUGUCCAACCAUUGGUCUGGCUCUAGUCAAACGGGUGCUUUGCAACUUUACUCCGGAUGAGUUCUGUCCGGAUCCUGUUCCAGGAGCUGUAUUGGAGGCACUGAAUGCCGAGAGUAUCGUGGAAUGGCGAUUUUCUGGAGAAACCGUGAGAAACUUUCCUUAUACAGCUACUCCCGUUACGUACUACCCGCCUUCCUCUCUUGAUGUGGCAGAGAAAGUUGCCGAGGCCGGAGUUGGUUCUCACUUAUCGAGGAACGUGUCUGCAGUGCAGAGAAAAGGAUACACGAGCGACGAAGAACUUGAAGACUUGGAAUCUCCUCUCAUGUCUAUAAUGGAUAGCAUGUGUUCAUCUCCGACUACCAUCAGUAAUGGAAACGGAAAUGGGAAACUAGUGGAGCAUCCUGGCUACUCUUCGAUGAAUGCGAGAUACGAGCUCCUUCGAGAGGUCUGGUCUGAGUGACCUAUGGUCCAUGUAUAUUCUGGUUCCAUCGUCAAAUGUAAAGUAUCAUGAGAUGAAGUUCUAUAACCAUGAUAAUGUAGAGAAUGGAGGAGAUGAAAAGUGAAAGCUUUUCGUGAGCUAUCUGAUACGACAGAAUUCUUGUAUAUUUGCUGCAAUUUGUGAGUUUUCCACAGUGCAAAAUUUCUUUUA